AUGUCUCACGUCCCAGAACAAGAUAAUCAACCAACUCUACGCGACUUUUACAAUGCUACACAAAAAAAAUCUGAAGAAUAUCAUGCUUGUUUAACUACUACUAUAUAUGGCGAAACAUAUUUGGACCCAGAAAAAGUUAAAGCUAGAGGUUUUGAUAUAAACGAAGCAAUUGAGGUAGGGAAUGAAAUGAUCAGAUUGUCAGGGGAAUGGUUUGAUAAAACAACAAAAGAGAAAGGAUUUCACACUAUGUUCAAGGAAUUUAUUGAUCAAGCUCUGCCACAAUUUAAAAUUCGUUCUUUAAUGAACAAAGCUUCAUAUCUUGUGGGCCGUAAAAUCAAACUUGAAGAUAAAUUAUAUGUCAAAGUCAUUGCCGUAAAGACGAACGAUGACGGUGUAUUUUUGGAGGUGGAGGAAAAAGUGGGAGAUAAAUUGGAAUAUUAUGAAAUUAUGUAUCAACAAGAUAUGGUUGGAUUAUAA